AUGGCUGGCGAUCAUCUGACAAGCGACCCCAUCACUGUUGACCAGGUCGAAGCGAUUGCUCGAAACAAGCUUCCAGUCAAUGUUUACAACUAUUACUCCUGCGGCUCGGAUGAGCAGACUGCAGUGGAAAGAAACCGAAAGGAUUACGACGGUCUCCUCAUCCUACCUCGUGUUCUCCGAGAUGUAUCACGGAUCGACACUUCCGCUCAGCUAUUCGGUCAUCGUUUCCCGUUUCCCGUCGGAAUAGCACCUAGUGCGAUGCAAAGAUUGGCCAGCCCAGAGGGUGAACUUGAUGUGGCACGUGCGGCAGGCUCGAUGGGUCUCAAUCUAACCUUGUCUUCAAAUUCGACUACGUCCCUAGAGGAUGUCAUGGUUGCUCGGCGCCAAGUUGGGGAGACUGCCGCGCCAUUCUGGUUCCAGAUCUAUCUUGCUUCAGAUCUCAAUCUUAGCGUGCCAAUCAUAAAGAGGGCAGAGGCCGCUGGUUUUGAAGCACUGGUAUUGACAGUGGAUACGCCGGUCCUCGGGAACCGGAUUAAUGAGCGGCGAACCCCAUUGGUCCUUCCUGAAGGCAUCCAUCUGGCCAAUCUCAAGCAUCAAGAUACCCAGGGGCCACGAAAGCCAUCAUUCAAUCGGGAGAUCAUGGAUGCACGCUCCGCCAAACAAGCGAGUGAUCUCAUGCAAACAGCCGGGGACACGGCAAACAGCGCUUCUUUGACUUGGAGCUCAACUAUGAAAUUCUUACGACAGACAACGAACAUGAAAAUCAUAUUGAAAGGUGUGAUGGCUCCCGAAGAUGCGCAACUCGCCGUCGAAUGCGGUGCUGAUGCUAUUGUCGUGUCAAAUCACGGCGGCCGUCAACUCGACUGCGUCCCUUCCACCAUCCAAGCGCUCCCUGGGGUUACAGAAGUUGUUAAAGGAAAAAUACCAAUUAUUUUUGAUGGAGGGAUUCGUCGGGGGAGUGAUGUCUUCAAGGCAUUAGCACUUGGAGCAGACUUCGUGUUAGUCGGGCGACCGGCUCUGUGGGGACUCGCCUUCAACGGCCAAGAAGGCGUGGAGACUGUUAUGAAUAUCCUCGAACGAGAACUCAGCCGUACCAUGGCGCUAGCCGGUGUUGCACAAUUGCGAGAUAUAUGUACUUCUUUCCUACGUUAUGCCGAAGGCGGGCGUCUGAGCAAAAUUUGA